AAAUUUCACAUCUUAUCAGGCAGAUAAAUACCAGAUUUCCACGGAAAAAAUAGAAAAUAAAAAAGAAAGGAAAGAUUUUGAAAAAAAUAUUUUAAUUAGCAGAAGAACAAGUAACAGUGCACCGACACAGUAGCUCCAGACUGUGAACCCUAAUUCAAUUUAUGGCUUCUUGAUUAGGAAUUGAGUGAGCGGAGAGUGACUGGAUCAUAUGAAGUGCUUGUCGGAUUGGGUUGGCUAUGUACAUUUCUUGCAUGUUUUCGCUCCAAACAAACUUUUUAUCAAAUACACAGAGGUGAAUAGGGUGAGACUGAAUUCUGUGACUGGGACUGGGACUGGGACUGGGUCUGGGUCUGGGUUUGGAUCUGGAUCUGAGACUGAAUUUCAUUGGAUUUUGCAAGCUGGGAAAAGGAGAAAGGCACUAUGGCUGAAGGAGAACAACAAGUUGAGCUUAAAUUCCGCAUUUAUGAUGGAACAGAUAUUGGCCAUAAUACUUAUGCACUAUCUACCUCUGUUGCAACUCUCAAGCAAAGGCUAGUUUCUGAGUGGCCUCAAGAUAAAACAAUCACACCGAAGUCAGUAAAUGAUGUAAAACUUAUACAUGCUGGUAAAAUUUUGGAGAAUAACAAGACAUUGGCUGAUUCAAGAGUUACUGUGGGGCACCUUCCUACUGGUGUCAUUACCAUGCAUGUCAUCAUACAGCCUACUGCAGCUAAAAUGAAGACAGUUAAGAACCAAGAUGAGAUGCAGAAUCACAAUUCGUGCUUCUGUACUAUCCUUUGAGUUGGGAGAAUGCUUUGCGGCCUAUCAAGAUGGAAUGAGCAUUUAACAUUGUGUACUUCUAUAUGUUCGAAUUGCCAUAUACGUGUAUGCAAGCUUGAGUGAAUUGUUCUUAUUUUCCUCCAUGGUACUAAUCUAGUCUGUUCUACAUGUUAAUUGCCCAAACGUGGAUGUAGGCGGCCUCUGUUAGAGUGAUUGUUUUAAGUUUUGUUCAUGUAAUUGACAAUUCUGGAUAAACAAAAUUGGGAUGUGUUGAUAUGAUUUUUCAUUAC